CCCUGGUAUGCCCUUCUCUCCUUCCAUAUAUCUUCAAAAAUCUCCAAAGCUUAUCAGUCAAAGAUGGGUGCGCGUUUUUCUAAACACCCAAAUCAUCAUAGUAAGAGAGUGAAAACUCUCGCGCCUCCCCAUACUGAACCGGUCGAAAUAGAACAGUCUAGCAACAAUGCUAACACUGCCGAGACCCCUGUCUUCAACACUGCUAAUGUGCCUCUCUUUACUUGCGAUAUCUGUGUUGAGUCAAGGCCUUUAUCGGACUCUUUCAAUGUGGAGGGAUGUGUUCACUUCUACUGUACUCAGUGCAUCGUCAAUUAUGUAGCUUCGAAGCUCGAUGACAAUGUCACGAGCAUUCGGUGUCCAGUCUCUGCCUGUGAUCGAGGAGUGUUGGGGCCCGAUUACUGCCGCUUGAUUCUCCCAAAAAAAUUGUUUUACAGAUGGGGAAAUUCUCUUUGCGAGUCUGCCAUUGAUGGAGUCAGUAAAUUUUACUGCCCUUAUAAGGAUUGCUCUGCAUUGUCGAUUCUUGAAGGAGGGGGGGUGGAGAUUAAGAAUUCAUUGUGCACUGUGUGCGGAAGACAUAUUUGUGCGCAGUGUAAGGCACCUUGGCAUGAUGGAAUUGAUUGUGCCAAGUUUCAGAAACUGAUAAAGAGUGGUGAAGAUGACAUGCUUAAGGAGAUUGCCAUGAGGAAUAAGUGGAGGCGCUGCCCCAAUUGCAAGUUCUACAUACAAAAAUCGAAGGGCUGCUACUAUAUGAGAUGCAGGUGUGGAUGUACAUUCUGUUAUAACUGCGGAACAUGCCACAAUAAUCAGUCUCAUCUUUGCCCAAACUGCAAAGUUUUUAUAUAGUCGCUGGUGCUUUAGGAGUUUUUAACACAAUGCUAGAUUUGAUGGUGUAGAGGGAAGGAAAAUGAAGUUUGGUUAGUAAUGAUUAUUAUAGAGGUGUGAUAAUAUGAUGAACCCUAAAUUUU